CUCCCCCAGUUCACAAUGGCUCUCUGGAUCCGAUCACUGCCUCUUCUGGCCCUCCUUGUUUUUUCUGGCCCUGGGACCAGCUAUGCAGCUGCCAACCAGCACCUCUGUGGCUCCCACUUGGUGGAGGCUCUCUAUCUGGUGUGUGGAGAGCGUGGCUUCUUCUACUCCCCCAAAGCCCGACGGGAUGUCGAGCAGCCUCUAGUGAGCAGUCCCCUCCGUGGUGAGGCAGGAGUGCUGCCCUUCCAGCAGGAGGAAUACGAGAAGGUCAAGCGAGGGAUUGUUGAGCAAUGCUGCCAUAACACAUGCUCCCUCUACCAAUUGGAGAACUACUGCAACUAGCCAAGAGGCCAGCAACGGGCACAGACAUGCACUUACUCUAUCGCACCUUCAAAGCAUUUAAAUAAACUUUG